GGAGAAUAGCGAAGGAGAGCAGCCCGCCUGGAUUUGUUUGCCCGGGACGGCUGCGGCGCACGCGGAUCGCCGAGGGGAGCGCGGCGGGAGUCACCGCGCCCCCACCUCCCAGCACGGGCGGCCGAGGCCCGCGGAUUGGAGCGUAGCCCUUGCGCCCUCUUCCCGAGUGCCGGCGGCGCCCCGCAGGUUUUUGGUGCAGCCGGGCCCGGGUUGCCCCGUGAUGUGGCCCUGAGCGCGGGAGCCCGCACCAGCGGGAUCAGGAGCGGCCCGGCGCCGAGUGGCCUGUACGCCCCGCCGAGCGCGCCUGCGUGCGUGGCCAGCGCGCUACCCGCUUUUGCCUGGCUUCCCGGCUUAAUUUUCCUCGGCGAGAUUAAAGUUGGAAAUUGAGCGGAGAAUUGAGUUGCCCGGGAACAGAGCCGCGGCCGCCGCCAGAGCGAUGUUCCCGCAGAGCCGGCACCCGACGCCGCACCAGGCUGCAGGCCAGCCCUUCAAGUUCACUAUCCCGGAGUCCCUGGACCGGAUUAAAGAGGAAUUUCAGUUCCUGCAGGCGCAGUAUCACAGCCUUAAAUUGGAAUGUGAGAAACUGGCAAGUGAAAAGACAGAAAUGCAGAGGCACUAUGUGAUGUAUUAUGAAAUGUCAUAUGGAUUAAACAUAGAAAUGCAUAAACAGACUGAAAUCGCCAAGAGAUUGAAUACGAUUUGUGCACAAGUCAUCCCAUUUCUGUCUCAGGAACAUCAACAGCAGGUGGCCCAGGCUGUCGAACGUGCCAAACAGGUGACCAUGGCAGAGCUGAAUGCCAUCAUCGGGCAGCAGCAGUUGCAAGCUCAGCAUCUUUCUCACGGCCAUGGACCUCCAGUGCCCCUCACCCCUCACCCUUCGGGACUUCAGCCUCCUGGAAUCCCGCCCCUCGGCGGCAGUGCCGGCCUCCUGGCGCUGUCUAGUGCUCUGAGUGGCCAGUCUCACUUGGCAAUUAAAGAUGACAAGAAGCACCACGAUGCAGAGCACCACAGAGACAGAGAACCAGGCACAAGUAACUCCCUCUUGGUCCCAGACAGUCUAAGAGGCACAGAUAAACGCAGAAAUGGACCCGAGUUUUCCAAUGACAUCAAAAAAAGAAAGGUGGACGAUAAGGACUCCAGCCACUAUGAAAGCGAUGGUGACAAAAGUGAUGACAACUUAGUUGUGGAUGUGUCUAAUGAGGACCCCUCGUCUCCACGAGCAAGCCCCGCCCACUCACCCAGGGAAAAUGGGAUCGACAAAAACCGUCUGCUAAAGAAAGACGCCUCCAGCAGCCCGGCAUCCACCGCCUCCUCGGGAAGUUCCACUUCUUUGAAAUCCAAAGAAAUGAGCUUGCAUGAAAAAGCCAGCACGCCUGUUCUGAAAUCCAGCACACCGACACCUCGGAGUGACAUGCCAACGCCGGGCACCAGCGCCACUCCAGGACUACGUCCAGGCCUCGGCAAGCCUCCAGCCAUGGACCCCCUCGUUAACCAAGCGGCGGCCGGCCUGAGGACGCCCCUGGCGGUGCCGGGUCCGUACCCUGCGCCUUUCGGGAUGGUGCCCCACGCGGGCAUGAACGGCGAGCUGACCAGUCCCAGCGCCGCCUACGCCAGCCUCCACAACAUGUCGCCGCAGAUGAGCGCGGCCGCCGCCGCGGCCGCCGUGGUGGCCUACGGGCGCUCCCCGAUGGUUGGGUUUGAUCCUCCCCCUCACAUGCGUGUACCUACGAUCCCUCCAAACCUGGCAGGAAUCCCCGGGGGGAAGCCCGCAUACUCCUUCCACGUUACUGCGGACGGUCAGAUGCAGCCUGUCCCCUUCCCCCCGGACGCCCUCAUUGGCCCCGGCAUCCCCCGCCACGCUCGCCAGAUCAACACCCUGAACCACGGGGAGGUGGUGUGUGCGGUGACCAUCAGCAACCCCACGCGACACGUGUACACGGGCGGCAAGGGCUGCGUCAAGGUCUGGGACAUCAGCCACCCCGGCAACAAGAGCCCCGUCUCUCAGCUCGACUGUCUGAACAGGGAUAACUACAUCCGUUCCUGCAAAUUGCUCCCUGAUGGCUGCACUCUCAUAGUGGGAGGGGAAGCCAGUACCCUGUCCAUUUGGGACCUGGCGGCUCCCACCCCGCGCAUCAAGGCAGAGCUGACGUCCUCGGCCCCCGCCUGCUACGCCUUGGCCAUCAGCCCCGACUCCAAGGUCUGCUUCUCAUGCUGCAGCGACGGCAACAUCGCCGUGUGGGACCUGCACAACCAGACGCUGGUGAGGCAAUUCCAGGGCCACACAGACGGGGCCAGCUGUAUUGACAUUUCUAACGACGGCACCAAGCUCUGGACGGGCGGCUUGGACAACACGGUCCGGUCCUGGGACCUGCGUGAAGGGCGGCAGCUGCAGCAGCACGACUUCACCUCCCAGAUAUUCUCCCUUGGUUAUUGCCCAACUGGGGAGUGGCUGGCCGUGGGCAUGGAGAGCAGCAACGUGGAAGUUCUCCACGUGAACAAACCUGACAAGUACCAGCUGCAUCUCCACGAGAGCUGUGUGCUCUCCCUGAAAUUUGCUUAUUGUGGUAAAUGGUUUGUGAGUACUGGAAAAGAUAACCUCCUCAAUGCUUGGCGGACACCCUAUGGAGCUAGCAUAUUCCAGUCCAAAGAGUCCUCAUCCGUGCUCAGCUGUGACAUCUCUGUGGAUGAUAAGUACAUAGUCACUGGCUCAGGGGACAAGAAAGCUACAGUCUAUGAAGUCAUCUACUGAAAACAUUAUGUGGUUUAACGUUUAUAGUUGAAUUGGGCCAAAAUGUUUUGAAUUUGUAGAAAUAGAAAAGUUAUAACUUUAAAAACACAAAAACCUGUUUCCAAACCUUGACACAAAACUACUUUGCGUCUACAAAGAGGAGGCAGUGAGCACAUCAACAGAAGGUCACCUACCUACCUAGACCAAAUGGAGCACCGAGGCAAAGUGGACAGAGGGGUGAGGGUUGUGGGCUUGAGGAAUGGAGCCCGCUGACCUGGGCAGAGUCCAUCCUUUUCUUUCUGUGAGAUCUGCCGAGAUUACCUUUCUGUUCCUUGCCGUUCCCCUCCUGUCUGUCCGUGGUAGAGCCGUGGUGUCUCCAAUGAACUUGUUUCCUCGUUUUGCAUCUUGUGAAAUGUUUUUUUGUAUUUUUGUUGAAGGUUAAACAUUUGUAUAAAUUGUAAAUAUAUUUGGUUUAUUACAGUAAAGGCUUUAGUACCAAUAA